AUGAUUCCAAUUUCUGUCUACGAACUAUGCCGUGGCGACCUAUCGGUCAGUUCUGAGCUAGCCAGGAACGCGGCCUUAUCUCCUCACGAGGCAUGCGAAAAGCUCUUCGGUGUUGAUACUGAGGACCGCAAAGCUACCAAAAAGAUUGACACAAGCAAGGAAGCUGCAGAUGACCUUGAGCAAGCAUUUCAAUGUGGAAAAUGGGGUAAGACUCGACCCAGCGAUUUGUUUCUGAGGAUAUAUCACGAUGUCUUAUGUACACUUGAAAAGAAUCCCUUGGUAGGAGUAUGCUCGCCUUCACUCCUCGGUAGCAAUGGAGUCUGCCCGCUCACUAUCAUGGCAACGGUGCCUGACAUUUGCCGCCAUAUCUCCAACGUGAUCGCGCGAGCUGAGCAUGAAGUCUUCCUCGCUACCAAUUUCUGGUCUUAUUCGGAGCCCACCAGGCUGAUAACCAAUGCGCUAAAAGAACUGUCGAAGAAGGCCGUGCAGACCAAUCGCAGGGUGGUAGUUAAGAUUAUCUAUGACCGGGGCAGCGCGAAACAGUUUAUCAAAAACCACCUCCCGGUGAGUGUACAGGACUACGCAGAUCCUCAAGGGAAAAUCCGAAUCCCUCAUCCAGACGAUCUUCCAAAUGUUGAUCUUGAGGUGGUGAAUUACCACCAGCCUAUCUUUGGCACGUUUCAUGCCAAAUACGUUGUGGUCGAUCGCAGGAUUGCCAUUGUUCAGAGCAACAAUAUUCAGGAUAUUGACAAUCUGGAGAUGAUGACACAAUUCGAGGGUGACAUCGUCGACUCAUUUUAUGAUAUCGCUCUCAUCUCAUGGCACAAUCUAAUGAAACCCACUCUUCCCUGUAUCAACACCCCAAAUUCUGGCCAGGCACUACCUACAUUUGAUGCCCAGACAUAUGCCACUCUUUUUGACGACGCCGGGAGGCUAGUUCCCGUCUACCACGCGAAUGAUUCCGUGCCCGAAGGAGAUGCUUCGCUGCGCGAUCUCGCAGCUCACGGAUCGCAACUAAAUCUGCCUCAGCACACGUCUGAAGAUCCACACUACGAUGAGGAUGUCAAAUCGGAAGUAUUACGUGCCAUCGCAGUGUUGCAUCCGAUUCCAGGGGAAACGCGGAUAAACGCCAUCACUCGUUUGCUCAACACCAACAUUCAACCAAAUACCAAGGGAACUGCACCAGAAAUUGAAGCAGCCGACACGAUGACCCCACUAAUCCCGAUUCCAAGACACGAACCAUUUCCGAUAGCAAUGGUCUGUCGGGAACCUUGGGGGGCACCAAACAAGCAUCACCUUUACACACCGCAGAACGAAGCAUGGAUGUCUGCUUUGCGCCACGCCAAGACAUCCGUCUUUAUUCAGACCCCCGACCUAAAUGCAGAAGCGUUGCUUCCCGAGAUUCUGGCUGCUUGCCGCAGGGGAGUCGAAUUGACAUAUUACUAUUGCUUGGGAUACAAUGACGCUGGCGAAUUGCUUCCUAUGCAAGGUGGCCACAACGAAGGGAUAGCGAAUUACUUGUACCAGCAGCUAGAGGAGAAGCAUCACGACCAUCUCAACAUCCAUGUCUAUGUGGCAAAGGAUCAAACUCGGCCUAUCCACAAUAAGUUCAAGUCACGGUCGUGUCACAUCAAGCUGAUGGUUGUCGACGGCCACAUCGGGAUUCAAGGCAAUGGGAACCAGGACACCCAAAGCUGGUACCACAGUCAAGAAGUGAAUGUCAUGAUCGACAGCGAAUUGGUUGUAAGCAAAUGGAUGGAAGGGAUUCGACAGAACCAGAACACGCAUAGGUUGGGAAAGGUGGGAAAGGAAGGUCCAGACGCUGGAUGUUGGAAGGAUCCUGAAACUGGGAAGCAAGCAGAAGGUGCAAUUGGGGUUGAUCCAGGAAAGUUUGCUUGGGCAAAAGGAUUCGUGGGAGCUGUUCAAAGAGUCAGAGGCGCCGGGGGAUUUUGA